ACUCACCUGGUGUUGGAUUAAUCAGCAUUGUGACAACCACGUUUUCCGACCACAUCUACUCAACGCAGAAGGGUGUGCAGUGCUUGUUCAAAACACAGCAAAAAAGAUGGUGGCAUCAGAGACAACCCGUCCCCUCAUCGUCGGCCCAGAGUCGGGCCCCGAGCCUCCCUACCCGUACAAGAUGGAAGGCAAGGUCAUUUCUGGCUUCGGCCGGGGGUCCAAGGAGCUCGGCAUCCCAACCGCAAACCUCCCCGUAGACGCCACCCUUACCCCCUGGAUCGACACCAUAAAAUCAGGAGUCUACUUCGGCUGGGCCUCCCUCUCCCUGCCCCCCUCGCACCCAGACCGCGUCGCCGCCCCCGGCACCUCCUCCACCUCCGGCUCCGGCUCCGGCCCCGCACAACCUCACAUCGACUUCCAGCUCUACCCCAUGGUCAUGUCCAUCGGCUACAACCCGUUUUACAAAAACACGGUCCGCUCCGCCGAAGUCCACGUCCUCCACAACUUCUCCGCCGACUUUUACGACGCGCACAUGCGUCUGCUGAUCCUGGGCUUCGUCCGCGACGAGCUGGAUUACAAGAGCCUCGAGGCGCUGAUUGCGGACAUCAAUACCGAUUGCGACGUGGCCAAGAAUUCCCUCGCCAGGCCGGCGUGGCACCCGCCCAAGGCUUUGCGGCCCAAGGGCACGGUGGAUGGGUCGCUUGAUGCAAAGUGGUUGGUUGGGGAGUUGCCCAAGGCUUGAAUCAAAGUCUGGGAAUAGAAAGAGCCCGGCAUCUCUUAUUCUCAUGUCAUAUCCUCCAUCUCAUUGACUUCUCAUGAUCACGACACCCCUUCACAAAACGUAAGACGAGCACAAACACAAACGAAGCGUUAGAAAUAUAGAAGAAUGAAUUCCAUUCCAAAAAAGGUUCUGUCUGUUCCAAAAAAAAAAUAUAGGGUUCCUUGGGUAUUUCUCCUC